AUGACCGCCGCCACUGCAUGGAUUUAUUUAUCAGCCUUCUGCAUUCAUUUUGUAGUGUGCAGGGAUGAAGAGAAGAUCAUGAAAGCAUGCUACUGGCCUCACGAAGUCUACGAGCCGUGUUUCGCGGGGUGCGCGGAGGCGUCGUGCGACAACCCGCGCGCGCGGCCGCGGCCCUGCUACCCGUACUGCGAGCCCGGCUGCGUGUGCGAGGAGCCCUACGUGCGUGACGACCGCACGCAUCAGUGUGUGCUGCCUCAGGACUGCACUCCAACGCAAAUGGGCAUCCCAGUGCCGUCAAACCAUGAACCCACAAGCCCUCAACACAAGUAUGGCGGGCGAACGGGCCAUAGCCGCAGCCGCAAGGACCAGUCCACGGUAAUCCAGGGCGCCCUGGAAUACCCUGAGAAGGAGCACCAGAGGUCCGGAAUCCCCCCCUUGGGGAAGUACUUCGACCUCGUGAUCGCGCCGCCGGUCAAGGCUCAUCUGCACCAGCGAAAGGUGUUAAAAAAUGACGUGUAUGGAAGGGGUGGUGGUACAAGAUUGAGUUAGAGUGGU